GGGGAGGGCAAAAACGCGCUCCAAACAUCCAUAUCAAACCAAGGAGACCAGCUUCCCAAAUUGAGUGUGCAACACACAGAGCUUUGAACCGUGGCUUACUCGUGCGGUUCCAAUACUGAGCGAGGAGCAAUUUUUUUUUUAAGGCUUUUUAAAGAAAUUAUCGAUUUCUAACAAUAUGGUAAAAGGAGAGGGCGCGGAGCAGUAUUCCGCGUCAAGUCUAUUACCAAAAAAAACAAGUCAAGAUGGAAUCAAAAUUGCCAAGCGGCGGGACGAAAGCGGCCGUCUAUCAGUGUGCAGUAAGUUGUGCUAUGCCAUUGGAGGGGCUCCCUAUCAGAUCACUGGCAGUGCUCUGGGCUUCUUCCUCCAGAUCUACCUGCUGGAUGUGGCCCAGCUGGACACAUUCUAUGCCUCUAUCAUUUUGUUUGUGGGCCGGGCCUGGGAUGCAGUGACAGACCCAACAGUGGGCUUCCUGGUGAGCCGGAGCAGAUGGACCCGGUGUGGCCGGAUGAUGCCCUGGAUCCUCAUCUCCACUCCCUUUGCAGUACUCACAUACUUCCUGAUCUGGUAUGUCCCUCCAGUGGAGCAGUGGAAGGUCCUGUGGUAUCUGAUCUUCUACUGCCUAUUCCAGUCUCUGCAGACGUGCUUCCAUGUGCCAUACUCAGCGCUCACCAUGUUCAUCAGCAUGGACCAGAAAGAGAGAGACUCUGCCACGGCCUACCGUAUGACAGCGGAGGUGCUGGGCUCGGUGGUUGGCACAGCAAUCCAGGGGCAGAUUGUGGGUGGGGCGAUCACCCCCUGUCUCCCGGGUGACCUGGAAGUUCUUGACAACGGUAACACCACACUGCUGGGGUCAGACGUCAGCAUCUCCCACAUAUCCCUGGAUGAAACGAAACGAGCCUACCUCAUCGCCUCAGCAGUCAUCUGUGUCAUGUACGUUCUCUGUGCAGCAGUCCUGUUCCUGGGAGUCAGAGAGCAGGAAGAGUGCGGGCGUCUGAAGACAGAGCCCAUGUCGUUCUUUGAGGGCAUGAGGAUGGUGAUGGGAUAUGGGCCGUAUGUCAAACUGGUCAUGGGAUUCCUCUUCACGUCGCUGGCCUUCAUGCUCCUGGAGGGGAACUUUGCCCUGUUCAUCAGCUACACCAUGGGCUUCAGAAAUGACUUCCAGAACAUUCUCCUGGUCAUUAUGCUCUCUGGGACUUUGUCCAUUCCAUUCUGGCAGUGGUUCCUGACCAGAUUUGGGAAAAAGACUGCAGUCUACAUUGGCAUCACGUGGGCAGUGCCCUUCAUGAUCCUGAUCGUCUGCAUAGAGAGCAGUCUGAUUGUGGCCUAUGUGGUCUCUGUGGCAGCAGGGGUCAGUGUGGCUGCAGCUUUCCUCCUACCCUGGUCAAUGCUCCCAGAUGUGGUGGAUGAUUUCAAAGUGAAGAAUCCAGACUCUAGUGGCCACGAGGCCAUUUUCUACUCUUUCUAUGUCUUCUUCACUAAGUUUGCCUCAGGAAUCUCCCUCGGCAUCUCCACUCUCAGUCUCGACUUUGCCGGCUAUGUGACAAGAAGCUGCUCGCAACCUGAUGCAGUGAAUUUAACCCUGAAGGUGCUGGUCUCAGCUGCUCCUGUUGUUCUGAUAUUCCUAGGGCUGUUGAUAUUCAAGACCUACCCCAUCGACGAGGAGAGGAGGCAAGGCAACAGGAAACUACUGCAGGCGAUGCGGGAUAGCAAUCAGGAUUCUGAUACGGAGUCCACAGAGCUUGGGAGCGUUGUGUAGGAGCCCUGAGAGAGGGGGGUCCAGCCGAAAGGCCACAACUGUCCCGCGUGUUUGCACUGGCAGGCUGGAGUGUUUGGGGUUUCAUUGGAACUAACAGUAGAAAAACCAGACGACACUGGCUGCUUCCUACCUGAUGCUACAUGAACGCAAUGGCCCUAGUCUCCAAAGGAUUCAACUGGCUUACAGAGACCCCUAUUGGACAUUCUGAGUCAUCGCCCUCUCUGUGCCCUGUCUAUUGCCUGCUGUACUAUGUAUUUGUGGUAUUGGUUUAUGUGUCUGUUUGUUUGCAUAACAAACAUUGGUUUGGGAUUUUUUGGGGGGGUGGGCAUUUACCCUUCAAAUCUAACAUUUGAAUGAUGUUUGUCUACCUGAACCAAGUAUUGGGUGGGAAGCCUUUCUCAGCAGAGGAAAAAAAGAUUUUCCAUCCAGAAAGGGUGGUCCUCAUAGAGGGAAGAUUUCAGUCCUCAUUUUUAGGGCAUACCAGUAACUUGUUCUAUCUAGACUGUUUUAUAUGGUUAUGUUUUAAUGUAAAUAAUAUUCACUUAUCUCGAGAGUAAUACCCUCCUUUAGGGACGUGGAGAGCACAUAACUGUUCCAUUUCAGACAAUCCUAUCCAUUCACUGGAAUUAUAUUGGUGUCUUGUGGGGAAAAGGAACCUUGAUAAAUAAACUAACCUUAAUGAACUCAUUAACAUUGCCAAUGAUGUCUGGAUUUCAGACUUCCUGUAUCUAGGCUAGCUGAAUUCCACCUUAUUAUUACUGCCUUAACACAUCUUGUACUUUGGAAACCUUAUACAGAAAAUCUCAUUGCAAUUACAACAGUUUUUACUCAAUUCUAUUUGGUCAAAGUUGUUUCUCUCACACGGUCCCUUUUUUAAAAGUUGACUUUGAGCAUGAACAGUCCAUCUUUGCCAUUGGCAUGCUGAUUGCUGGAUGUCCAACAGAGCUGUUGCCAGAGUAUUUCAAGUUAUUUUCUCUACCAUACGCCGCCUCCAAUGUUAGAGAAUUUGGCAAUACAUCCAACUGGCCUCACACCUGCAGACCCCAUCCCAGGAUCUCAACAUCCGGCUUCUUCACCUGCGGGAUCGUCUGAGACCAGCCACCUGGACUGCUGAUGAAACUGAGUAUUUAUGUCUGUAAAAUCCCCACUAAAGGGCUUUAUUUCUUCUGAUUGGCUGGGUCUGGCUCCCAAAGUGGGUGGGCAUAGGCCCACCCAUGGCUGCAGCCCUGCCCAGUCAUGUGAAAGCCAUAGAUUUCACAUGGACUAAAUUAAUUUAUAACAGUUGACUUAUUUCCUUAUGAACUGUAACUCAGUAAAAAAAAUGAAUGUUGCAUUCAUCAUUUUGUUCAGUGUAGUUUGUCAGCUAAGCUAGCCACGUUUAGCUAGACUGUGUACUCAGAUAAACACAAGGUCAAAUCAUGGCGUCAGUGAUCUUCAGGUUGGAAAGUCGUAGCACUAGAAAGAGGCCCGAGUUCCCGAGAUUGAAUUCUGAGUUGGAUGACCCCUCAAAUCGAUUUUUUUUUUUUUUUUUUUUUUUUUUUUUUUUUUUUCUCCCCCCAGUCAGCGCUUGUUUUUUUUCUUCUCUGUUUUGAAUGCACUGUAGUCAGAAGUUUGAGAUUUGAGUUCCAAUUUGUUUUGAACUUAAUCUCCAGUAUGUGUUGACAUCUCACAGGAUUUGUUUUUGGACAGAUGGGUAAGAAAUGGUAUCUCCGUAGCCAAAUAUCUUAACAUUUUUGUUUUUAAGCAUUACAUGACCUGGAAUCAUGGUGCAUUGAUAUGCAGUUUUUCUCCCAAAGUCAACCUUUUUUUUUUAAAGUAGAACCUUCCUUGGAGAGUGGGAAAGCUUUCUAACGAGUUUGAGUUAACGAUCUCACUUCUAACUUGAAAUGUGAAUGGUUUGUGUUGUGUGUACUGGAACAAACAAUCCAUUUGAUCGUAUUUAUUAUUGUAUGAAUCUUUGAGCAGACCCAAGCCAAGUUUUCUAUGUAUCUGCAGUGUUGGGAAAUUAAUUAAUCUGAGAAAUAGAUCACUCUGCAGUCAGAUGUUAACAAUGUCAUAACAUAAUAAUUUUGCCUAUUAAAUAAACAAACUGUUUCAAGUGAGAA